AAAAGCUGCAAAACACCCAAAAAAAAGAAAAAAGCCCGCCUAUUCCCGGAGAAAAGAGAAAAUCUGAAAAUUGAAAUUGACAACUUUUUCUCGGCCUUGGUGUUGUUCCCAAAUCCAGAGACACACCAUGAGCACUCCCAUGGAGAUUGCCGAGCAAAAACCUAUGGUGGAGGACCCGAUUCCUCUUCCAAACGCUUCCAUGGAGGUCUCUUACCAAAACCCCAUUGAAGCAGCGACUAUUCCAGUGCAAAUAGCCGUCGCUGAGCCAGUCGCUACACCCAAUCCUCCUCCUUGCCUCCACGAGAACAAAUUCCUCGUAUCUGUGGAGGUCUGCUUAAAGCCUUCAAGCACGGCUCGUCUAGAGGAUGUCCAGAGAGCUGUAGAACGGAUGCUGGAAAAUAGGAGCAUGAGCUAUGCAGAUGGACUGGUUUUGAUUCCUGCAGACGACUUGUUCCUAGUUGAUAAUGUGCAAAGGAUAUGCAUUUGUGAUACAGAGGAAUGGGUGAAAAAUAAUGAUGUUCUCUUGUUCUGGCAAGUGAAGCCAGUUGUGCACACCUUUCAGCUCAUUGAAGAAGGACCAUGUGAGGACUUGUGUGCAGAUGGACAACCUGCUAGCUUUAACGAAUGGAUUCUACCCGCAAAGGAGUUUGAUGGCUUAUGGGAAAGCCUAAUAUAUGAAUCUGGACUUAAGCAAAGGUUACUACGUUAUGCUGCGAGUGCAUUGCUGUUCACCCAGAAGGGUGUUAACCCAAAUCUCGUUUCAUGGAACAGGAUUAUUCUUUUGCACGGACCACCAGGGACUGGCAAAACAUCCCUUUGCAAAGCGUUGGCUCAAAAGCUUUCAAUCCGGUGCAACUCCAGAUAUCCACAUUGCCAAUUGAUUGAAGUCAAUGCUCACUCUCUAUUUAGUAAAUGGUUCUCUGAAAGUGGCAAGCUGGUUGCCAAGCUUUUCCAAAAAAUCCAAGAGAUGGUGGAGGAAGAUGGAAAUCUGGUAUUUGUUUUGAUCGAUGAAGUAGAAAGUCUUGCUGCUGCUCGAAAAGCUGCAUUGUCUGGCUCAGAACCGUCAGAUUCUAUCCGGGUUGUGAAUGCACUACUCACCCAAAUGGACAAAUUGAAAUCAGCACCGAAUGUGAUAAUCCUUACAACAUCAAACAUAACUACUGCUAUUGGUAGCCUAUUUUGAUCCUGUCCUCAGCCUCAUGACUUUUUCUCUAAUAUAAUAGAUCUUUGUUCUUCCGCAUAAUAUUCACGUUUUGUGAGAUGUCACAGAUCAAGAUAUUUGUUGCAGAUGUUGCUUUCGUGGAUCGAGCUGACAUAAAAGCUUAUGUUGGCCCUCCAACUCUUCAUGUUCGUUAUGAAAUAUUAAGGUCUUGUGUUGAGGAAUUAAUAAGUAAAGGGAUCAUAUCAAGUUUCCAGGGCUGUGAUGGACUCUCUAUUCCAAGCUUUUCAAGUUUGAAAGAAAAGUUAAGUGAAAGUGAGGUUCAUGAUACAAAUACAGUUCCUUGGUUCUGCAAACAGUUGAUAGAAGCUGCAAAAGGGUGCGAGGGUUUAAGUGGGAGAUCAUUGAGGAAGCUUCCGUUUUUAGCGCACGCAGCACUUGCAGAUCCAUAUAGCCAUGAUCCAAGUAAUUUCUUGUGUACAAUGAUAGAAACAGCUAAGAGAGAGAAGUCUGAACAACCUGAAUGACCAUUUUUGUGAGGUCAUAAACAAAUAACAAUGAAGUUGUGUUGUUCAGAAAAAUGUUAUGCUAAUUGUUGAUUAAACAUCACUUCAUCAUCUACAGCUAUGAUGAAGGGGAAAAUGCUCAUUUUAUUAUUUUGUGAUAAAGAAACGCAGAUCACGGGUUGAGUAUUAAACAUGGGCUUCAGAUGCCCAAUGGGUUAUUACCAUC